UCUGAGUUUACGCGCCAUUUAUGAGUGCGAUUUCAGUGCAAGGAAGUAAACGAGCGCACAUUUACCCUCGUUUUACACCGCAAACACUCGACAUACGCACUUUUAUUUCAAAGGAGCGCAGAAAUCAGAGCAGAAUCGACGAGAAAGAGGGAAAUCAGUGGAAUCGAAGGUGCCGUGAGUAAUGCCUGUAAAAACAAGCAAGACGGCUGGUCGGAGAGCGGCGGAGGACUCGGAUGAGGAGGUGAGCAAAGCCCGCAAAGCACCGAGCACUGCCGUUCGGAGCAGCCCGCCGCCCGCCCUCAACGAUGUUGCUGCGGGCGAGUCUGCUGAGGUGGUUGAUAGCCGCAGUCUGGAGGAGAUUCUGGGUAGCAUCCCUCCCGCACCGCCCCCCGCCAUGAGCUCAGAGCCCGGCGCCCCACGGCUCAUGAUCACGCACAUCGUCAACAGAAACUUCAAGUCCUACGCUGGAGAGCAGAUUCUGGGACCCUUCCAUAAGCGCUUUUCCUGCAUCAUUGGUCCAAAUGGAAGUGGCAAGUCCAACGUGAUCGACUCCAUGCUGUUUGUGUUUGGAUAUAGAGCUCAGAAAAUCCGCUCGAAGAAACUGUCGGUGCUGAUCCACAGUUCUGAUGGUCAUCCUGACAUCCAGAGCUGCACUGUUGAGGUCCACUUUCAGAAGAUCAUUGAUAAGGAAGGAGAUGACUAUGAUGUCAUCCCCGACAGCUCCUUCUACGUUGCCAGAACAGCUGGGAAAGAUAAUUCCUCUUCCUACUACAUUAAUACCAAGAAGGCAACCUUCAAAGAUGUAGGCACAUUACUGCGCAGCCACGGCAUCGAUCUGGACCACAAUCGCUUCCUCAUCCUGCAGGGUGAGGUGGAGCAGAUCGCCAUGAUGAAGCCCAAAGGACAGACGGAGCAUGAUGAGGGCAUGCUGGAGUACCUGGAGGACAUCAUCGGCUCCUGUCGUCUCAAAGAGCCCAUCAACAUCCUCUGCCGGCGGGUGGAGGCGCUGAACGAGCAGCGAGGAGAGAAGCUGAAUCGAGUGAAGCUGGUGGAGAAGGAGAAGAGCUCUCUGGAGGGAGAGAAGAAUAAAGCUGUGGAUUUUCUCACCUUAGAGAAUGACAUCUUUAAGAAGAGGAACCUCCUCUGUCACUUCUAUGUACAUGAUCUACAGAGUCGCGUGUCUGUGAAAGAAGCUGAGAAGCAGCAGAUUCAAGAAGACACAAAAGAUCUGAGUGACAAAAGCAGCCAGCUGACUGAAGAAAUGAAGAGCAAAAACGAGGACCUGAAGGCUGUGGAGAAAAAAUUGACCAAGCUGACCAAGUACAUCGAGAGCCAGAAGGAGAAGUUUACCCAGCUUGACCUGCAGGAUGUGGAGGUGCGCGAGAAGCUCAAACACACCAAAAGCAAAACCAAGAAACUGCAGAAACAGCUUCAGAAAGACCAGGAGAAGCUGGAGGAGGUGCGGGGCGUUCCUGCGAGCAGCGAGAAGAUCAUCACUGAGGCUUCUGCUCAGAAGGAGGAGCUGGAGAAGAAGAAGCUGCUAGAGGAGCAGAAGCUAGCGGAGGUGAUGGAGAGCCUGAAGGAGGAGACCAGAGGCCUACAGGAAGAUAAAGAGAAGAAAGAGAAGGAGCUGCUGGAGUUGAGUAAGGCGGUGAACGAGACUCGCUCACGGAUGGAUGUGGCGCAGUCAGAGCUGGACAUCUACCUGAGUCAGCACAACACUGCCAUCAACCAGCUCAACCAGGCCAAAAGCGCUCUACAGGAGGCCGUGGACACUCUGAGAGAGAGGAGAGCCGCCAUUAAAGACCUCCAGGUCAAAAUACCAGCUCAAGAGGAGCAGCUCAAGAAGGAUGAGCGGGAGCUGGAGCAGAUCUCUGAACAGGACAAACAGACACGAGCGCAGGUCGGGGACAUGAGGCAGAAAGUGGCUGAAGCCAAGAGCUCUCUUUCCUCCAACCGCAGCCGCAGUAAAGUGCUGGAUGCCCUCAUGCAGCAGAAACGCUCAGGGAAGAUACCUGGCAUCCUGGGACGGCUGGGGGAUCUGGGAGCCAUUGAUGAGAAGUAUGAUGUCGCCAUCUCCUCCAGCUGCGGCUCACUGGACAAUAUUUUAGUGGACACCAUUGACACAGCGCAGAAGUGCGUCACGUUUCUGAAGGCCCAGAACAUCGGUGUGGCCACAUUCAUCGGCUUAGACAAGAUGAAAGUGUGGCAGCAGAGCAUGGGCUCCAUCUCCACCCCAGAGAACAUCCCUCGUCUGUUUGAUAUGGUGCGAGUGAAGGACGAGAGCGUUCGGCCUGCUUUCUACUUCGCCCUCCGGGACACGCUGGUGGCUAAAGACCUGGAGCAGGCCACACGGGUGGCCUUCCAGAAGGACAAGCGGUGGAGGGUGGUCACACUGCAGGGGCAGAUUAUCGAACAGGCCGGCACGAUGACUGGAGGUGGAGGACGAGUGAUGAAGGGCAGGAUGGGCUCCUCGGUCUGUGCUGAUGUCACACAGGAGCAGCUGGAUAAGAUGGAGAGCGCUUUGAACAAGGAGGUGACGCAGCUGCAGGACUGCCAGAAGAGGAAAAACCAGCUGGAGGAGAAGGUGCACAGAGCCAGAUGUGAGCUGAGAGACAUGAAGAACACGCUGGAGAAAUACACAGCCACCAUUCAGAGCCUCACAGAGCAGGAGCUUCACCUCAAGCCACAGAUCAAGGAGCUGGAGGCAAACGUGAUCGCGGCCGCUCCUGAUAAAGCCAAGCAGAAGCAGAUGGAGAAGAGCCUGGAGGCCUACAGGAAAGAUUUUGAUGCAGCGUCCACUAAAGCAGGAAAGGUGGAGGCGGAGGUGAAGCGGCUGCACACGCUCAUCGUGGACAUCAACAGUCACAAGCUGAAGGCGCAGCAGGACAAACUGGACCAGAUCAACACACAGCUGGACCAGUGCUCCUCAGCCGUCACCAAAGCCCAGGUGGCCAUCAAAACUGCAGGACGUAAUCUAAAGAAAUCUGAGGAUGGUGUGAGUCGGCUGGAGCAGGAGAUCAGUGAGAAUGAGAAGCUGAUGGAGGAGCUGACGGAGCAGCUGAAGAAACUGGAGGAGCAGGCUGGAGAAAUCAUGCAGUCCUACCAGCAGGCGGAGGAGGCUCUGCCGGAGGUGCAGGAUCAGCAUCGUGCAGUGGUGCAGGAGAUCAAGGUUCUGCAGGAGCAGGAGCAUGCGCUGCAGAAAGAGUCUCUGAGCGUCCGGCUGAAGGUUGAGCACAUCGACACGGCCAUCACUGAGUGCCACAACAAGAUCAAACACUGGCAGAAAGAGGCCAGCAAGUUGUGUCUUCACCCCAUUGAUGGAGUGCCUGCAGAAGAGCUGCCUGCCCUGAAUCCAGAUCAGCUGGAGGACAUCGGCAAUCCAGACAUCAUCAAGAAUGAGAUCGCUCUGCUGGAGGACCGCUGCGCUAACAUGAAACCCAACCUGGGGGCUAUCGCAGAGUUUAAGAAAAAGGAAGAGUUGUAUCUGCAGAGAGUGGCGGAGCUUGAUGACAUCACCAUGCAGAGAGACAGCUUCAAGAGGGGCUGCGAGGACCUGCGCAAACAGAGACUGCACGAGUUCAUGGCAGGAUUCAACAUCAUCACCAACAAACUAAAGGAGAACUAUCAGAUGCUCACGCUAGGGGGCGACGCAGAGCUGGAGCUGGUGGACAGUCUGGAUCCCUUCUCUGAGGGCAUCAUGUUCAGUGUGCGUCCCCCGAAGAAGAGUUGGAAGAAGAUCUAUAAUCUGUCUGGAGGAGAGAAGACGCUCAGCUCUCUGGCGCUGGUGUUUGCUCUGCAUCACUUCAAGCCCACACCGCUCUACUUCAUGGACGAGAUCGACGCUGCGCUCGACUUCAAGAACGUCUCCAUUGUGGCCUGCUACAUAUACGAACAAACCAAGAAUGCUCAGUUCAUCAUCAUCUCUCUGAGGAACAACAUGUUUGAGAUGGCCGACCGGCUCAUUGGCAUCUACAAAACACACAACACCACCAAGAACGUGGCCAUCAACCCCAAAACCAUCGUCCUCCGAGAGAUCCAGACGGCAUGAGCGCAGACUCAGUAAUACACCAUCACUCGUUCUGCUUUCACAUGGCUUUACUCCUGUCGUAAUGCCUUUUACGUGUCUCCCUUUACUCUGCUUUUUAAUUUUUAAUAAAAUGAUUUUUAUUCACCUUA